AUGGCCGAUAAUAACUUGGUCGAUCGACUGGCCCUUAUCACGGGUGCAUCUGGAGGAAUAGGAUCAGCUUGUGCUCGUGCAUUUGCAGCUGAAGGUGUUCAUCUCGCACUCACAUAUUCUACUUCCAAAGAUGCGAUUGAUAGACUCCUGGAUGAAUUACGUCAAACAUCAUCGGGGAAAGAUCUUCGAAUCUCUAUUCAUCAAGUGGACAUGGGUUCACCAGAACAAAUCUCGGGCCUCUUUGAUGAGAUCAAACGUGAUCAUGGGAGUCGCACGGUAGAUAUAUUAAUAUCAAAUGCCGGGCAUGGAAAGAGAAUUGUAGAUAUAUCAGAUAUUCCAUUAGAGGAAUUCGACUACACUCUUAACAUCAAUUUGAGAGCAUCGUUCUUAUUAGUCAAAGGUGUGGUUGAGGGAAUGAAGGCACAAAAGUGGGGGAGAAUUAUCUUUAUAUCGAGUAUAGCUGCUUAUGGAGCUGGGCUCAAUGGUUGCCAUUACGCUGCAUCGAAAGGUGGUCUCACGUCUAUGAUGAAGAACCUAUCACUUCACCUUGCCGAGUACAAAAUUACAGUCAAUGAUGUGGCACCGGCAAUGAUUGGCAACACAGGUAUGAUUCCAAAUGCCGAUGUUGCUCCUGGUUUACUUGAUGCAAUUCCACUACAUCGAUUGGGCACUCCAGAAGAAUGCUCGAAUGCAGUUAUGAUGUUUGCAAAGACUGGUUACGCUACUGGUCAGAGCUUGUUGCUUGCAGGGGGGUUAAAUCACAAGUAAAUGGCCUUUGGCAUUAUGUUUAAAAGCUCGUUGCAAUCUUAUCAUAAGAUGGUACAUAUAUGGAUAGGGUCCCGUAGCAAUGGUACUGUCAGAUACCUGGAUUGAGCUCGCUGGGCCCAUCACAGAAUAAUAGCGAGGAAAAUUGAUCUCCUUACAAUGUCGAAGCGACCAUUGGACAUUCACGAUUCAGUACGUGUAAAAUCUUUGUGCAAAUUUGAAUCACUUGAGUCUUGAGCCUUCAAAGA